AUGGUAUCACCUAUCCCAAUUGGGUUCAUUAGUUACGGUGUCUUGUACACUGGUGCUGAAAUAGGUGACUGGAGAGUCUUGAGUAUUAUUAUUGGUGGUGGACUAACCUUAAUCUUAGCCGUAAUUGCUUUCUUUUCAUACCUAGAUAAUCCAAUUAAUGCAUCUUUCUUGACCAUGGAAGAGAAAGUCUGGGUCAUUAGAAAAGUUCAAAAUACUUCCCACCAAUCUAUUGAACAAAAACAGUUCAAAAAAGUCCAUUCAAUUGAAGCUUUCAAAGAUCCAAUUUCAUGGUUAAUAGUUGGGUUCUUUUUUUUACAGCAGUUAGCUAAUAACUUACCUUACCAACAAACUAUCCUUUAUGAAGAAAUGGGUGGAUUAAGUUUGCAGCAGUUUCUCUUCCAUUGA